ACAAGAACACGUAUAUAUAGACAUCCAUUCUCUAGCUUCUGAGUUGUUUUUGGAAACAUUAGCAGACGACAGAAUGAACUACAAAGUACUUGCUGUUUUGUCUUGCAUCGGCAUUGCUGUGUGCAGCAAACCCGAAACUUACAAGAACCGCCACCACCUGCGCGAUGACCUUAUGUACAAGUACGAGAAAGACGUCAUACCUGACAGUGUCGACGGUCACGUGGUCAACGUAUCAGUGGGCGUCAGUCUCCUCAGAAUUAUUGACGUGGAUAACCAGAUUCUUACGUUGGACACAUACAUAUCAAUGGGCUGGGAGGCAGAUAAUCUCAAGUGGAGGCCAGGUCACGUGGGUGGCUUAGAACAGAUCAACCUGCCCUCUGAGCUUAUCUGGAAGCCCGACCUCGCUAUGAUGGAAGGGGCCGGGAGAACAGUCUUUAUUAAAACCGAGGAAGCCAAUGUCAUCAUUAACUCUAACGGUCACGUAAUCUGGAUGCCUCCUAUGAAAACGAAGACGUUCUGCUCUCACGGCGAAUUACAGAACGGUGACGAAAUCGAGUGUCACUUGACGUUCGUCUCCUGGACCCACAGCACCUCUACGCUCGACCUAAAACUAGAAGCUGAUGUGAUGGGCACCAGCUCCUUCGAUGUUGACUUCAACCCUCACUGGAAGUUAGUCUCCACUCAUGCCGACAUCGAACACAAAGUUUACAGCUGUUGCCCCGAAUCGUACGCUCAGGCUUCAUUCACGCUUCGCCUCAGAUACGUCGCCUAGACGUUAGCAACCCGAAACCAUAAUAUUUACGCACAUUCGUUUGUGACCUCUAAGGUCAAAUAAUACGCUGAUACAUGAACUUUAACGUUGAACCAGGACGACAUGUAAACACCGGCCAGACAAUACAAUAGCAAAGACAUACUAGUGGUGACAUCAAUUUAAGUAAAUGAACAGUGUUACUGGCCAUUUUGUAUUCAAAACUAUAAAAACUUUAUGUCGAUUCAACUGUGUAGUAGCUAAUAUGUUCGGAGAAAAUUCGAAGAUUCAUGAUUCAAAAAUUACAUUUACAAUAGACCUCCAGAUAAUUUUAACCGUAAAUAAACUGAACAUGCUAUUACAUUUUGAUAUUAAUAUGCAGCGUAUGUUGAUCAAAGUCGUGUCAUUGAUGUGCAAUAAAUUAUACACAAAUGUA